AGCCAACAGGACGCUUGAACAAAUAGCCCCUCUAGUGUGUAUCAGAAAAUCCGUAUAAACUGAUACGUUUGAAACCUUCAACCACAAACUAUAGUGGAUACUUAUUUUUGUAUUGUUAUUUGUAGAUUAGCGAGGGUCGUAAAGCACGCUAUUUACAUCUCGAUUGGUUUUCCUGCUGUCAGCUGCUUCCCUAUGCAUCGGCGAUCGACAGCAGACGGAACGACCUAGCAAACUCCAUUUCCGUGUUAAACUACGGUUUCUUCGUGGCAAGGUGUAAAAUCAUAGAGGUUGUCUCCCAAGCAGUGAUGCUGGUGGUGUAGGCUCAGGGUGUGUCUCAUCUCCCAUGGCUAUUACUACCAUGGACCCAGAGUCAGCCUGCACAUCACAGCCCCAGGGGUCCCUGGGUAAAGGAGGGGGCUCCCUGCUAUCUGGCAGGGGUUUGGGCGCAGCGCUCGGCCCCCGGGGGAAGCACUACGUUUGUGGCUCCAUAGCUGCCUUCACCAACAUCGUGGUGACCUUCCCCAUCCAGAAGGUUCUGUUCAGACAACAGCUUCACGGUGUGCUGGCCAGAGAGGCCGUCAGACAACUCCAACGGGACGGGAUGAGGAAACUCUACAGGGGGCUGCUCCCUCCUCUUCUCCAGAAGACCACCACUGUAGCCAUCAUGUUCGGCUUGUACGAGGACUUCUCCCGGGUCUUAUUGGACCAGGUACCCACCGGCAGCGGCAUUCCCGAGCUGGUGACGCGGAGCUUUGCGGCGGCGCUGGCGGGCACGGCAGAGGCUGUGCUGACGCCGUUUGAGCGUGUGCAGACUCUCCUCCAGGACCACCGGCACCACGGCCGCUUCCAAAACACGGCCCACACCUUCCGGACGCUCCUGAGCGAGUACGGUGUGAAGGAGUGCUACCGUGGCCUGGUGCCGGUCUUAAUAAGGAACGGGCCCAGUAAUGUGCUGUUCUUCGGGUUCCGCGGGCCCAUCAAGGAGCAGCUCCCUGAGGCCUCCAGCAGGGCUGGCCACCUGGUCAAUGACUUUGUGUGUGGAGGGAUGCUGGGGGCGGCGCUGGGGAUCAUGUUCUACCCGCUGAAUGUGGUGAAGUCGCGGGCCCAGUCCCAGGUGGGGGGUGCUUUCCGCCCCUGUGGGGAGGUGUUGAUGACUGUGUGGAGGGAGAGGGGCGGCAGCGUGGCCAUGCUGUUCCGAGGGGCGCACCUCAACUACCACCGCUCCCUUCUCUCCUGGGGCAUCAUCAACGCAACAUAUGAGCUUCUGCUCAGUGUUCUGAUACUGAAAGGGUCAUAGAAUGUGAGGGGGAAUGGAAUGUGUGGGGGAGAGCGAGGAAAAAUACUUGGGGAAAGUGUUGUUUGUUGAUCGCAGUUGGUGCUCUUUUUUUGUUGUUGUUAUUGAAACUGAUGUGCCCACUGCCCACCCAAACAGGUCUACAUAGUGUAUGUGGGGGGUAAGGGCCUACGGCAAGUAGAAGAGGACAAAGGGUAUCUGAAAGGUGAAGUUGCGCUACUGACAAUGGUCACCAGUCGGUGUGAGAUUAAACAAGACAGUCAAUUUGAGUCAUGGUAUCGAAGUGAGACUCACAAAUACACAAGUCCUGCGUCUGGGUCCAACAUGCAACAAAAGCCUUUUUCAAUACAUUUUUUUUGUGUAGACUGAUGUGGUUCCCAGCAGAAAGUGUCAGAGGCAGUUUACUGGGUGUAAGCCUUUUUAAAGUGACCAAGAGCACCUUUCAAAGAACUAUUCAUUGUGUUGACCAGUGCUUUGAUCUGUGUGCAUUGAUUAUUAGUCCCUUCAACCCCUCCCCUUUCUCUACUCUGGCCCUCUGAUUGUGAACUCUGGUAUACUGAUUUGUUGUCCAACUAUUUACCAUGUCGGUCUUCUAGGAUUAUGCACUGAUUCGACCCAUAGAGAAUGAUAGAGGCCUCUAGUGGCCAAAAGGCCGUUUUAGCAUGGGCAGCACCAUUGAGGGCUUCUGCCAUUUUAAAGUAGUCAAAAUACUCAACUGGGUGGGGAUUCCAUUAGAGUACUACAGUAUGAGUCAUAAUACCUAUAAAAUCUAGCGGUCAAGCAGGGAACUUGUUCCAAUUGUUUUUCCACCAUUAGAUUUUUCCUAUUGGGGACUUUAGAAACACUUAAAGUAAGGGCUGUGUUUUGUGUCGUCUUACCCUGGCGUUACGUUUUGAUAACUGUGUAAAUCUCUAGGUCAAGGUGACUUUAAUACAUAGGAAUUCGGGGAAAUAUAUUUAUCUGUGAAAUGCUAAUGUGGCUAUCAUAAAGAACUACAAAUGCUAUGAUGAUCUGGACAAGACUGCCGAAUCGAGGCAAAGGCAAGAAUCUCUGGAUUAACUAUCAAAUGUUAGCUAAAUGUAGUAAUUCAUAAAUUGUCUACACUUCUUUAAACAUUGACAAUUAUGUGAACUGUCUUGUGCAAGUUUUAAAUUGACACAAUACCUGUUAGCAAAGGUGUCAGCUAGAGAUGACGUGCAGGAGCUUGCAGGGAUUUGUAGUUCUGCAUGAUGUCUACUUUGAUGCUAAUUACCAUUUUCAAAUCUGAGGUAAAUAGAGCUGAAUAUAUUGAUAAAAAUCACCUUGUCCAACAGAGAUGUACAUGGUUAUCAAAACAUCACGCCAGGGUGAGCCUACACGAAACACAGCCCAUAUUUGAAGUGUUUCUAAAAUCCUCUAUGGGAAAAAUGAACAGUGGAAAAACGAUUGGAACAGUUUCCCUGUUUUGACCGCAAGGUUUUAUGGGUAUUAUGACACCUCCACUGCGGGGCUCUAUGAGGUAUAGCCUCAAGGGCGCUGCCCAUGCUGUCAGACUAUAAUGGCACAGAUAUAAAGAGGAGUUCUCUAUCUGUCUCUUUGAUUCAACCCUGUGUGGUAUACUAGAGAUAGUUAGAGAACUCAACUGAGAUAUAGCGCAUUUCAGCAUGGAUGUUACCAUUAAUGGCUUCCACCAUUUUAAAGUACGCAAUUGAGUGUGGAUUCCUAUGGUUGGGAGCGAUCAGCCAAUGAUCAGAGCAUUGUCUUGAUUUGUAAAUUGCUUUAAGGUAAGUCACCACCAUCUAGUGGCCACAAUACAUUUAAUUAUGCUAUUUGGUUCAGGACUCCAGCACUGCAGAUGGUGGUAAAUCACCAAUAUUAGCUUUAAUAUUGAAAAUUGAACACUUUUAAAAAAAGUUGUCAACUGCUUGGUGAUUCCUAUGAGUUGUAGCCUCAAUGGUGCUGUCACACAUGUCCUAAUGGCACAGAUAUAAAGACAAGAUCUCUUUCCAUCUCUAUGGUACCAGCCUAACGGCUAGCAGGUGUUUGUCCUGUAGGUAUUACUUGAAAGAAGACUGGAAAUAGCGGUAUACUCAGAAGCACAUGGGAACUGGACUAGGAAAGUGCUAUUAUGUACCAUUUCUUCACUCAGUUAUUAUAACCCAUCAAUCAACGCCACUAUAAGUGUAUCUUGAUAAUGUUUGUCAAAGAGUUGUGUGUAAUGAGCUUAUUGCUGAAGUGCCACUUGUAGUGUGUGUCUGUUGAAGUUUAAGUAAAAUGUAUGUUACCCAUAA